AUGUCGUUAUUGGAUGAAGAUAGCGACGAACCUUACCAACCUACUGAAGAAGAAAUCUUAGAGUAUGCAAAGUUCAUUGGCAUCAACCCAGAUAGCGAGCCAGAGUUGUUGUACAUUGCAAGGGAGGGUAUCAUUGCCCCUUUACCCCAACAUUGGGAGCCCUGCCAGGAUGACAAGGGAGCCAUAUAUUACUUCAACUUUCAAACGGGGCAGAGCAUCUGGGACCAUCCUUGUGAUGAACAAUUUAAGAAGAUCGUGAUCAGGGAGAGGAAAAAAUUACUUCAAAGUAUUUCUUGA